GAGGUAAGGGGCCAAAUACAAUGACUAAACAUCCUGUCCUGUAAGCGUUCAACUGGGCUCUGCAAUAUUUACCUACUUGUUAACAAUCAUGACCUGAUUCCUGUCUUCAAGUUACGACUUUAAUUUUGAAACUUAUAGCCGGAAGACAUUUUUUAACCGUUGUCUCUUUGCUCAGUGGGGAGAGCGGAUCAGCUCAGCAGAGCCGGAUGUGUCAGCUAUCAUAAAGGUAAACUAUGCUGUACUGAGGAAUCAAUCAUGUCUCAGAGUAUGAACGCUAAAAUAGUUAUAAUAGGAUCCGGGAUAUCUGGCAUAGCAGCAGCACACAGGCUCUUUAACGCUGGAUUUCAUCAUGUGCGGAUACUUGAAGCGACUGCAAGAAGUGGAGGGAGGAUAAAAACAGGCAAACUAGGUGACAAUAUUGUUGAGAUAGGAGCAAACUGGAUCCAUGGACCGUCCGAGGAGAACCCAGUGUUUUGUCUGGCCCGCCAGUAUGGGCUCCUGGAUCCAGAGGCCCUCAGCCAAGAGAACCAGAGCAUGGACAUUGGAGGGCAUCCUCCCUGGGUUCCCACCAUUUUCACCAGUUCAGGUCGGAAGCUGAAGCCUGAGGACAUCCAUCCUGGUACAGAGAUGUUUGCUGAGCUGCUGAAUGAAAGUUCAGAGUUUCAGUUAGUGGGAGGAGAACCACGGCCCAGUGUGGGAGAUUUCAUACGGUCAAAGGUGCAUCAACGGGCUGCAGAGAAGUGGAAAGAUGUUGAUGUCAGCACGAGGUCUCUGCAAAUGAGUGCCAUCAGGACAAUGUUGAAGGUGGAGUGUUGUGUUAAUGGGACUCACAGCAUGGAUGAGGUGGGCCUGGGGGCCUUUGGUCUCUAUAAGACUCUUCCUGGACUUGACUGUACAUUCCCAGGUGGCUAUGAGGGUCUAAUCAAAAACUUGAUAUCGGAGCUCCCCAGCGGUUUAGUGACGUAUAAUCAGCCUGUGCGUCGUGUCCACUGGAACAACACAGAGACGAGAAAAGACAUGGUGACGGUUGAGUGUGAUACUGGGGAGAGGAUCGCUGCUGAUCAUGUUAUUGUUACAGUACCUCUAGGGUAUCUAAAGAAGCACCAGUCAGCCUUGUUCCAUCCUCCUCUCCCUCUACACAAGCUGCACUCCAUCCAAAGACUGGGUUUUGGAACAAACAAUAAAAUAUUUGUGGAGUUUGAUUCACCGUGGUGGGAUGCAGACUGUGAGGUUAUCUACCUCUUGUGGGAAGAUGAGGAGGCCCUGGUGGACCAGGUGCCAGAUGUACAGAGAUCCUGGAUUAAGAAGUUGUUUGGCUUCACUGUGCUCAAAACCACUGAAAGACACGGCCAUGUUCUGUGUGGCUGGAUUGCUGGGCAUGAGUCAGAGUAUAUGGAGACACUGUCUGAACAGGAGGUGAUGCAAGGCAUCACACAACUCAUCCGCCAAUUUACAGGGAACCCCAUCAUCACCCCGAGGAGAAUCCUGCGCUCCCAGUGGUUUCACGAUCCCUGGACAUGCGGAUCCUACAGUUACCCAGCAAAAGGCUGUUCAGUGCAGGACCUGGAGAACAUGAUGGAGCCCCUGCCUUCAAAGGGAUCACAGGCACCACCCCUGCAGGUGUUGUUUGCUGGAGAGGCCACGCAUCCCUGCUACUACUCCACCGUCCACGGAGCCCUUCUCACUGGCUGGAGGGAAGCUGAUCGACUCAUCUCUCACUACUCCAUCAGUCCAUCCAAACCACCCAAGUCAAAGCUUUAAAUCCAUGUUGCUUUAACACAGAGAUUUAUCAGACUCUGAAUAAAAAUAGCCUAUGUAUGGAAGCCUGCUGUUCAUUUAAAUCAGUCGCUUAAAGGUUUCCUGACCAAUAAAGUGUGACACUGCUUAUUUAAGUGUAAGAAAAUCAGCAGUUAUAAGAAUGAGGAGUAAUUUUAUAACUUCAUUGUCUUUUGAAAAAGACUGACUUCCCUUUGAUAUGUCAGAUACUGUUAAUAAACUAUACAUGUAUUUUUACAUUCUUUUAAAACAUUUUAAAUUCCAUUUAAUUUGCUAAUUAUUUUGUUUGUAAAUUGCAAUUUGUUUCCUUUUGCACUUGCACAAAAACUGGAUGUUUGUACCGGAGAACAUGCAAGAACUAUUGUUUGAAUUAAUAUAUUAAUCAUUAAAAUUUCAGGAAAAGUU